AUGGCGCCCAAGCAGGCCCCGAAGCCCGAGUUCCAGGAGGGCGAACGGGUGCUGUGCUUCCACGGGCCGCUGCUGUACGAGGCCAAGUGCCUCAAGGUGGCCACUGAGGACCGGCAGGUGCGCUACCUGAUCCACUACAGCGGCUGGAACAAGAACUGGGACGAGUGGGUGCCCGAGAGCCGCGUGCUCAAGUACUCGGAGGCCAACCUGCAGAAGCAGCGCGAGCUGCAGAAGGCCAACCAGGAGCACCAGGCCGAGGGCCGGGCGCGGGGGGCGGCCCCGGGCCGCCGGGGGGGCGCCGCGGCCGCGGCCUCCCUGCAGCAGCAGAAGAACGUGGAGGCGCUGUUCCAGAACUCUAGCCAGGCCGCGGCCGCCGCCGCCCCGGAGGCCCCCGCGGGAGGCCCGGGCCGCAAGACCCGCAAGAGCAAGCAGAAGACGGGAGGGGGCGACGGCGGCGGCGGGCCCAGCACGAGCGCGUCCCGGGACGCCCCGCAGCUCCCGCAGCGGCGGCGCGCCCGCGGGGACCCGGCCACCAGGAGCGGGGCGGCGGCCGCGGCACCCACGACCCCGCGCGCCGAGCUCAAGGUGCAGAUCCCGGCCGAGCUGAAGCCGCUGCUGGUGCAGGACUGGGAGCUGGUGACCAAGCAGCGUCGCCUCUUCGCCCUGCCCGCCGCCAAGAGCGUGGACGCCAUCCUGGAGCAGUACGUGGCGCAGAGGAAGGCCCGCGGCCUGGGCGACAACCUGGAGUAUGCGGCCGAGGAGUUGGCAGGCGGCAUCCGCGUCUAUUUUAACGUCAUGCUGGGCACCCAGCUGCUCUACGAGCACGAGCGGCCGCAGUACAACCGCCUGUUGGCCGAGCACCCCGAUGUGGCCGCCUCGAGCCUCUACGGGGCCCCCCACCUGCUGCGGCUCUUCGUGCGCAUAGGCGCCAUGCUGGCCUGCGCGCCCUUUGACGACAAGAGCCUGGCGCUGCUCUUCGGCUACCUGCAGGACUUCCUGCAGUACCUGGCCCAGGAUCCCCCAGCCUUCUUCGAUGCCUCUGAGUAUAAGGAGGCCCAGACCCCAGCCCCACCCAGCCAGAAAGCCGCCUGA